CGCCACCACCGCCUCCACCGCCUCCACCGCUGUGAGGCUUCGAACCCGAACACGACCGAGCAUCGUCGAGCGACAACGGAAACGUACGAGCGAUGCGGUUCGAGCGGCCGAGCGAGCGAUACAGACGAGCAGUGCGGUGCCGACUCUUGCUGCCGCGGUUACAGAUUCUGCGGUGUGUGUGUGCGCGCGUGUUUACACGACGAGAGGGAGAGAAAGAGAAAGAGAGAGAACGAGAGGGACAGGGAGAGUUUGCGCCGCGGAGGCGAGGGCAGGAGAACUCGAAAGAGAGAGAGAGAAAAAGAGGAGAGGCACACUCGCGAGAGUAGAGGAGAAACGCAAAAAGCGGCGGAGAAGUCUGUGAGUCGUCCGCGAAACACGGUGCGUACGCGCGCGUGUUCCGUCAAGCAAGUCCCUCUCGCAGGAGGAUUUCACGCAGCACGGUGAAUAUACAUACGUACACGCCUCUCGAGAGGUUCGCGAUAUCGUUCAGCUCUCACGAUACUCGUGCGACGCACACGCGAGGUAUCGCGCGAGUUAUCGGAGUACGAACAACGCUCGACGGAGUCAACGGCGGGGAGAGAGGGAGAGAGAGAGAGAGAGAGAGAGACGUCAUCGCAUCGUAAGAAACGUAGCGCAGAGUGUCGUCUUGCUUCGCGCGACGUGACCGGCACGCACACGCCGUGAGAAGCGCAAGUACGCGCCAACCACCCUCGCGCGGUUGCAUUUAGCGGGGCGUGGGUGCACCACACCGCACCGCACCGCAUCGCAUCGACGGUGGUGCGGCGAGACGGCGGGCGGUGCGCGUAAUUCAAAAGGUGCGCGCGACGGCCGCGGCGAGAACAUGACAGACGACACGGAGUGCGCGAAUUUCAGGCGGCAUUGUGUCGCGGGUGAAGGGACGAUAAUAUAAACGUAGUGCGAGGCAGAGAAGAAGAACGAUAGGAGGUAAAGAAGGAGAGAGAGAGAGAGAGAGAGAGAGAGAGAGAGAGAGGAGAACGCACGCGAAGCCGAGGGGAGAGAAACUCCUCCGAGAAAGAAAGCUCCCAAACGAAGUACAUCCGCGCGGCCAGUGAUCCCGUGUGCUGCGGCUCGCGUGUUGUGUGCGCGUCCGCGCCUUUCGUGAGUGUGUGUGAGUGCGAGCGGACCCAGGCGGUGGCGCGCGCGCGCGCGCGAGUGGACCCAGGAGAAGAGAGGAAAGAGAGGAGAGCAGAGACUUUCGUGGCUUCCGGCCUGUCGGCGCGGAGGCGUUCCGGCUGGCGAUCACGGUCUCGUGGAGAGGAUGCUGGUAACGUCGCCGACGGUCGUUACGACGAGGAGAGCAACGAUGACGACUUCUCGAGGUCUCGACUGAGUUCUCGACUCUCGGGAUUCACCGAGAGGGGGAGAGAGAUAGAGGGAGAAAAACAGAGAGUAUAAAAGAAAGAGAGAAAAAGAUUCUCGCCGCGUCGUGAACCUCGACGUCGGUUUCGUCGCCGCGACGGUGGCCGUCGUGCUGCUGGCCGCGGCGUGUACCGCGCGAUCGUUAAUCAGGUGUUAUUCCAAAUCAGGUGUUCGUGAAAAGCGAGGAACGUGAAAAGCCGCGCUUUUCACGUACCGACGGCACGUUUUCUCUGCGAGCCAUUGUCGUCGGGGAUUCGAUAGCGGAACACCGAAUAGUUGUAUCCGAGGAUUGUAAUUCUUUCCAACCUUUGUCGCUACGAAAUCACUACUAAAAAUUAAGAGACAGUGGGAGAUAUAUUACUUGCGAGCACACUCGCGAUCGCGGUGGUAAUCGAAAGACUCAGAAAAGAUCCGCAACUCUUUCGCGAUCACGCGAUCCGAAGAACCUUUCUCGGAACCACCCGCGAUCCUAAUAAUCACCUUCGAAGGAUCUCGUAUCGAUCCCGAGCCGUGGGGACCUACGGUAGACUACGGACGACUUUCGUCGUCACGAAGAAAAACCUUACGUAUUCACGUUACUAAGGGAUUAUCUCGAUCCGUUCCUAUCCUCUUCUGAGAAUAAGCCGUCCUCCCGGCUACACUUUGGUGAAGAAGCGUCCGUCAAGAUCCGGAUAUACGAAAGGAAUAACGCGCGAGCGACGCCGGCGAAUCGGCACUUCCGGUGAAACCAAGAACGCGAACGACACACAGCCAGGAUGCAGGUGGCAACGUUGUUCAGGGAGAGCGCUACCCUGCUGGGUGCAUCUAGCCUGGACCCCCCGCAGACUCACCAUCAUCAGGGUAUGCACCAACCGCAGCAACAGCAGCAGCACCAGCAGAUGCAGCAGCAGCAACACGCCACCGACAUGCACCUAGUCGGCCACCACAUGCAGCACCACUAUAAGAUGUAUCCGUCACCGGUACAGAAUGGAGGACCAAAUGGCACGACGACAAUGAGUUGCGCGAGUUCUCAAGGGGUGAUGGUGAAGCAGGAGGCGAGGGACGACGGUUACGAGACGAGUCCGGACCUCGAGAUGAGGAGCACCGGCGGUGACAGCAGUCAGCAGUAUCACACGCCACUGACACCACACACGCCGCACACACCGCACACGCCGCACACGCCCCUCACGCCGAUAUCGGCGACAGCGCAUCAACCCCAGCAGCCGGGCUCGACCGCCUCCGCCCUCGGACAGGUCGCGAUAAAAUGCGAGACGCCAGUGGACCCAUAUUCGUUUGUCGACGAAGAGAUGUCGAUGAGUGGUAUGAGGACGGCGAGCAGUCCAGGCGGCGGCGGCGGCGGCGGCAAUCCUGAGAACAUGACGUGUCCGGGCGGCGCCCAACCUGGGCUAGGUACACCCACGUCGACGCCGCCCGGGGCGCUGCCCGGGCCACAACAUCAUCAGAUGAAUCUUGUGAUGAACGGCGCCGCCGGCGUCAAUCCGCAGCUGGCGCAUCAACCGAAGAAGCGAGGCCGCAAAAAAAAGUCGGAGAUGAUACUCACCCCCGAGGAAGCGGAACUCGCAGAGGCCAAGAAACGUGCAAAGACGUACAAAGAGAGGAAGAAGCACGACAGGUUCGACGGCAUGCCGGAAGAGGAAGUGAGCAAACGCGUUCUACCGGACCACCUUACAAACAACCUUGACAUUAUUAUAAUUGGUAUCAAUCCCGGACUGUUCGCAGCUUACAAGGGACAUCAUUAUGCUGGACCCGGAAAUCACUUCUGGAAAUGCCUACAUCUAAGUGGUCUCACGCCCGAACCAUUGACUGCGGACGACGAUUACAAGCUUUUACGACUCGGCAUCGGCUUUACAAAUAUGGUAGCACGUGCGACGAAAGGCAGCGCAGAUCUCACGAGAAAGGAAAUUAAAGAAGGUAGUCACAUUCUGCUCGAGAAAUUACGAAAGUAUAAGCCAAAAAUUGCAGUAUUCAACGGCAAACUGAUAUACGAAGUAUUCUCGGGAAAGAAGGAAUUUGGAUUUGGCAGACAACCGAACCUCGUCGACGGCACUAAUACGUACAUGUGGGUUAUGCCCUCAAGCAGCGCGAGGUGUGCUCAACUACCACGUGCUGCUGAUAAGGUGCCAUAUUACGCUGCUCUGAAGAAGUUCCGUGAUUACCUAAACGGUACGAUCUCGCACUUGGACGAAUCAGACAUCGUAUUCGCCGACUCAAAGCUCAAGAAGAAGGAUCACGAAGCGAUCGAGGACAAGAAGCCAGUGUUUACCGACGAUUUGCCCGACGGUGAGAGCCGAAUCACGGAGAUCAACGGCAUGGGAAUUAAGCAGGAGACGGGCGUGAUACCUGGCAAGAAGAAACGCGGAAGACCGAAAAAGAUAAAAAAUCCAGAGGAUCAACCACCGCCGGAUCCUGAGAAGUUGGACGCAAACGGCGAGGUGAUUAAAAAACGCCGCGGUCGUCCGAAAAAGAUCCAUCAGCAGCAAAAGCAAAUGGAGCGGGAGAAUCGUGAGAGAGAGCAGCAACAGCAACAGCAUCAGGUGAUGGGCCACUUGAACGACGGAUACAGUAACGUGUCGAAUUGCUUUUCGCCACCACUGAUGUCACCUCCAAAGUUCCAGCAUAUGGCUCCGUACGCGCCGACGAUGAAUGACGGCUUCUUCGGGCAGGGCAUGAACGACAAUAGCCCGUACAAUAUGAGCGCGAAGCAAAGCCCUGUGCAUCUACAGCAGCAUUAUAGUCAGAGUCCCAAGUCCAUGUCGCUGUCGUUCACGCACUCGGACUUAUCGUCCGAAAUCAAUACUGCAAUCUCGUCGGAGAACAAUCUCGAGCCGUCGCCUCUGACGUCGCCUAGCGUCGAGCAUCCAGACUUCGAACCGCCCACCAGUAUGUCGCAGCAAAACAUGGGCAAUGACCAUCGUCAGUAUAAUCCGGCUGGAGGGCCCGAUCCGGCGGGUCACCAUGGCAGUCCUGGCACGCCGUCCCAUAACAGCUACGCCAACUACAUGGGUUACCACGAGCAGCCACCAGACGCUCAUAAUCCGCAUCCGCAUCAGACGACAUCGACGCCUCUCAGCCAAACCGCCGAGGAACACUCUCAUCAUUCGCAUCCAACGCCGCCGCAUCCACACACGCCCACUCAUACGUCCAUGUCGCCGCAUCAUCCGCACGAGCAAUACGGCAUCAAGAGGAACGCCGGUCAGGACGUGGCGUCUAAGAGUCUGAGCGACCUAGAAUCUCUCGUGGACCAAAUCCCGAGUAUAGCCGAUGGCGGGAGCCAACGUCUGCAGCAUUCGCAUCCGGGUAUGCCGGGCGACGAUAGCUUGGCGGAGAAGAUGGACGCUCACCAUCAGUCCUACAUGUCCGGUUUCGGCGGGAUGCCGGCUGGACCAGCUGGAAUGACCAAUUAUAGCCCACCGUUGCCUCCAGGUAGCGGAAUCUAUCCAGCCUCGCUGCAUCACUCUCCCACUGACGCCGGCUAUGGAGGUUUAUACGCUAUGAACAGCCGUCAUCAUCAAGACUCUCAGCAACAGCAGCAGCAGCAACAACAUCAACAACAGCAGCAGCAGCAACAACAGCAGCACAGCAAGUCCUACACGGUGGAAAAUCUCGCGUCCAGUAACUACACUCCUAGCAUGAAUCACGGACACCCCGGCAACUCUUAUCCUAACAUCAUAACCGGCCACUACCCCGUGCCGAUGGGCUCGACCAAUGGCUAUCUAUUCGGAGGCCUCGAAUCAAGCUUGAUACAGCGUACGUACGGAAUUGGUGGGAUGAGCGGUAUGAGUAGCAUGCACCCAUCCGCCGCCCUCGGCCAUCCGAUGGCAGCGAAUCCGUACCCGUACAAUGGCUCGUACUCAAGCUCGUUCGAUGCUUACCCAGCCCCACCGACAGGCAUACACGCGCCCAGCGCCAAUUACCCCGGCUACGUCGGCACGGCUGGAGCGGCGUCCAGUAGCACCACCACGCCGCCGUCCUACCUCGCACCGUCGCACCAUAGACCACCGGUCGACCUCUCCUCCUACGACGGUGUAUGAUAAUCGAUGUGAGAUACCGUUCGCCGACCCACCACCAGCCCCCGAUGAUCCUAUCUCUUUCUCUCUCUCCAUCCCAUCCCAUCCUCUCCUGCCGAUCGCCUCCUGUGCGCGCGCGCGCGCGCGAGCGACGCACGUAUCCGCCGCGUUUAUCUUUUCUACGUAUUUUUACACACGUCUUUUAAGACACGGCUCUCAACGUGUCGGGGUCGCACCGUCGCGCGUCGUCCACCCCGAAUCGCCGUUCCUUCAUCCUCGUCAUUUUCUCUCUUUAAAUCGCUCUCCGCGAUAUCACCUCGCGCGAGAUGCAAUCCGCGCGCAAUCUUUCGCUCUUUCUCGAUCCAUCUGUCGCACUUAUGAUACUCUCUCUCUCUCUCUCUCUCUCUCUCUCUAUUUCCUCUUUUACACUCUCCUUUGCUCAAGCCAGUUCUACGUACAAAACACCCCAGAAUUGGCGGAAAAUGGAUAUACCUACUGCACAUUUUCCCCUCACCGAG